UCUACACCAUGGCGGACGAGCAGGAGAUUAUGUGUAAACUGGAGAACAUAAAAGAAAUAAGGAAUAAGACGGUGCAGAUGGAGAAAAUUAAAUCUCGUCUACGAAGCGAGUUUGAAGCGCUGGAGUCAGAGGAGAAACAUCUGAAAGAAUAUAAACAGGAAAUGGAUCUCCUGCUACAGGAGAAAAUGGCUCACGUGGAGGAACUGCGACUUAUCCACGCUGAUAUUAACGUGAUGGAGAACACCAUAAAGCAGUCGGAGAGUGAUCUGAACAAACUGCUGGAGUCCACUCGCCGGCUGCAUGAUGAAUAUAAACCCCUGAAGGAGCACGUGGACGCCCUGAGGAUGACCCUAGGCCUGCAGAGGCUUCCUGACCUCAGCGAGGAAGAGGAGAAGCUCUCCUUAGAGCCUGUCUGUCAUGUCACCAGCAGAUUCACCGCAAUGCUCCGAUUUGUCCUCUCUGCAAGGCCAAGAGUCGCUCACGAAACCCCAAAAAACCCAAGAGAAAACCUGAUGAGUGACUGCAGACCCACUACACACAAGAACAUUCAGUCUCAAAGACUUUAAGCCUUUAAAGUUUUUUUUUCUUUUUCUAGUGCGACACUGAGUUAUUUCACUCUGUAAAAAAAAGAGAGAGACAAAGAUGAGGAAGCUUCAACGCACGUAUCAUUACAGCUUUUUGGGGUAAAAACCAAAGGUCAGGGGUCAGAGGUUGUGCCCAAAGUUGAGUUCACUGCAAGGAGUGGUGAAGUAAAUUGCCUUAUCGUUUGAAGAUGAAGAGGGUUUUUUGUUUGUAUUGUUUUUAAAUGGUAUGUUCUCUCUAGAUUAAUAAUGGUUAUGGAUGCUGGAUGCUAGCAGUUCAGUCAGUCAAAAACGUCAGUCAGUCUGGGCGGUGUGAAUGCUCUUUGUUGGAUAAUUGUAUUGACUUCUUUGGCAUAGAAAACUAAA